GUGGGUAUAUACGUAUAUACCUAGUAUACCUAAUACUUACUACAUUAAUGUUAGCUAUUUAUUAUUUUUUUUAGGAAAAAAUAAAUAAUAAUUUGUACAAUGAACUGUCCAGGUUAGCACGUUGAAUAAAUAGUGGAUAUGAUUUUUGUUUGACUUCAUUGAAGUAGAUAGUGUAAAAAAAAUAUCUACAGAAACUCUUUCCACUAAGAAAAUGUUUGACCUCCCAUUGCUGAUAGCUUAAGGUUUUCUUUGAAAAUGGAUGGAAUUAAUAAAUACUUCAGCUAACAAUGAGUACUCCAAGUGGGUGUGUUAACUGCAGCAAUGGUUCGCAACAGUUUGAUGUUAAACAUGAUACUGAAUGCUCUGAGGCUGAAGAUGCACAGAUACGUUUGGCACCUCAUGUGCAGGCAUAUUUGGCGCAUAACAAUCCCACAACCAACUGCUGUGGACUAGCAAUACCAAUUGCUUUUGAAAGGGCUGCACAUGGCAUUUGGUGGAAUCCCAGAUUUGACUCUGAAAUACUUGAGGGUCAAUACAGAAGCAGUUCCUUCAGACAAAUAAGAUUACGAUUCAGAUUUGCACUUUUGUACAUUUUGAUAUUUUCUAUAUCAUGGUUUGUGUACUUUGUUGGCCUUGGCUUAAACGGUGUCACAGUAAAAUGGCCAUUUUUAAGUUCAAUGUUCGGUGGAGUGCUUUUGAUUACAUCUGUUAUGUUAUUUGUCACAUUUACAUACAUUUACAAGGUGUACACAUUCAAACUUUCACUGAUCAUGGCACUUGCUCUGUGUACUUUAAGUCUGUCUUUAGUGACCCUAACUACACAGUUAGACAUAGACUCUCCUCAAGCAGCUGAUAUCAGCCAGUCAGGACACUUUACGAUUUGUAUUGAGAUCCUACUGAUUAUAUAUACAUUAACACCGUUGCCACUGUAUGCUUGUGUUAUUAUUGGACUUUUGUAUUCCAUUGUGUUUGAAAUAUUGAACAUUGUAUUGCAUUUAACUGAGCAGCAAUGGCAGUGUCCAGGAAUGUUUGUGAGAAUCUUGUUGCAAUUAUGUGUACACAUAAUAGGUGUACAUAUUUAUUUAAUGACAUUUGUAAGAAUGCGUGGCACAUUUAUGAAAGUUGGUCAAAGUUUGUUGGUUAGAAGGCAAUUGGAGAUGGAGAAACAAUUGAAAGAGAAAAUGAUUCAUUCAGUGAUGCCUCCAAAAUUGGCCAGUUGGUUGAUGGAAGAACAAGUACUUGAAUCAGAGACAAAUCUCAAAACUCAUGAUCCACUUCAUCAAAGAAAUUCCAACCCUGGAGCCUCAGAUAUAAAGUCCUUAUUUAGACCAUUUAACAUGAGCUCAAUGGAUAAUGUCAGCAUUUUAUUUGCUGAUAUUGUUGGCUUCACAAGAAUGUCAAGUAACAAGGGUGCUGAUGAGUUAGUCAAUAUAUUAAAUGAUUUGUUUGAAAAAUUUGAUGAGCUAUGUCAAAUUCAUGGUUGCGAAAAAAUAUCUACUUUAGGAGAUUGUUACUACUGUGUUUCUGGUUGCCCAGAACCUAGACCAGAUCAUGCAACAUGUUGUGUUGAAAUGGGAUUGGGUAUGAUAGAUGCUAUACAGGAAUUUGACAGAGAAAGUGGCGAGGGUGUUAAUAUGAGGGUCGGUGUGCAUACCGGCACGGUGCUCUGCGGCAUCGUUGGUACCCGUCGCUUUAAAUUUGAUGUGUGGAGCAACGACGUCACAUUCGCCAAUAAAAUGGAAUCGACUGGGAAACCAGGCCGUGUCCAUAUAUCAGAGGAAACUAGUAGAUUUCUUGGCGGAUCCUAUGUUUUGGAAGAAGGAGAGGAGGUUUUCGGUGAGUGUGGCUUACAUUCUGAAUGUUUUCUCCGUGAGCAUGUCUCCUGCUCUGAUGUUUGUUUUAAUAAUGUGUUGUAUACGUGUUUAGGUCACAAAACUUACUUCAUAGAAGGUCGGCAGCUGUACUCCCCGUAUGAUCACGACCAGUGCCUCACUCCCUCCCAUCCUAUAAACUUACGUCUUAUUAUAUCACCCGCAGUUUCUCCCCAGUCCGCCCUGUCCUUCAAUACCUCACCACCGUUCUCUGCAAAAGACAAUGACAUGAAGAACGAUAGGAUCAGCCCGAGGAUACAUGACGCGAAAAACUUUUUAUCUCCGAAUCCGUUUAAUUUUCGUAAUAAAGCCAGUUCACUGCCAAGUAUAUUAGAUUCUGAUGCCGAUUUGGAUGAUAAAAGGGAGAAACAUUUCCCUGAAGAGAACGAUAACUCUUCAAAAAGUCCCACGUCUGUCGGGAGCUACGGCAAGUACACUAAUAAAUUGAGGAAUUGGAAAGUGCCCAGAUUUUUGAGAAAGCAUUCUGAUACGCCUUUGCACGAAAUUAAAAAACAAGAUUAUUGCGAGAAAACUAUACAUUUCUUAGAGCGAGGAGACGGCGCUGGUAUACAAUCGAGUAAUGGGUAUCAACAAGUGCCUAUAGUGAUAGAAACUCAAGACAAUAAGUCCGCCAAGCCUGUCCAAAUGCAGAGUAGCAGUAAGCUGAAUAUACCUCAGAGCCAUGACAUAGGAUCAUUUGAGAGGGAGAUUAUCGACAUCCGUUCAUAUUUGAGUCAGUCCAGGAGUAACAUGUCGCCAUUCGCUAGAAGUAGUAGUUAUAGGUCACAGUAUGGUAGACCGCACAAUAACAUGGAGGUUUCGGUUUGUCGCGCUCGAAGUUCUACUAUAACGACGCAGGGCGAUUUUCUGCGGCCGAAGGAGCGUCGUCUGAACUUGCCUCUGCCAGUGCCGUCUGCGCCGCCGCCUCCGCCAGUGCGGCCUCAAGACGACGCUGUAAGCCUUUGCCCCUCGGUCAACAGUCGCAAGGACUCUGGCAUCCGAAGUACUAGCCGACGAUCCAGCAUUCAGCAGCAGAUUUUUGCUCUGAAUCACGCGUUGGCGACAUCACAGGCCGACAUGAUGCAGCAUCGGGUAUCGGGCUACUACACCUCCAGUCAGUCCUCUCUCAACGAGCACAUGACCAAAGGUCGCCUGCCACCACCCCUCAAUGAGCAGCAAGUGCAGUCAUUACAGAAACUGCGCAAACAAUCCGACCUCCAGUUGAUCCGAUGCGUGCAAGACAACGCCAGGUCAGGCAUUAACUACUUCGUACAACCCCCUCUCAAUAGAUUCACGUUGUUCUUCAAAGAAGUCGAAAUAGAGAAGCAUUACAGAGACAAAGCUCACAGGAGCGAUGACAGCGAAGACUUUCCCCCUACCCUCACCACUUCGCGAUUUAACACCGCCCUUGAUAUUCUAGUGUCCGCCAUCAUUUUUGUGGCCGUCACCGUUUCAGUAUUCAUCUUGUACGGCGAGUGGCGACAUUCCAUCGCCCUAUUUUUCGGCCUAGCUUUAAUUCAAGUUGUGGCAAUGGCGUUAUGUGUUUACAGACAUUAUUUGAAAUGGAAGACGAAAAAUGCACCGCACGUAACCGACACGAUCAGACGGUCCGUAAGGAUAUUUAGAAACCUUUCCAAUUGGAUACCGUGGCAUAUGUGUGGUAGUUUGUUGAUUAGUUUGCCUAUUUUAGCCGUUAUUAAUAACUUCUCGUGCGAAAAUACUACAUUAGUCAUACUUCGAGGCGAUCAAUCGUUCUAUGUGUAUCUUUUGUGCGUUACUAUAGUACACUUUUGUAAUUUUACACAAAUGAAUUGGCUCGUUAAGAAUACUCUGGUGACACUUUAUGCCGCUUUGUUUCUCUUCGUAGUCGUACUGGGUUGUCAUGAUGCUAAUACUCAAGUUACAGGUGAUAUUAACAUCCCGAGGGUAUUGAUUUAUAAUAUGUCGGACUUUGUCGAUAGUCUGGCUAACGUUACCAGUGAAUGGAUUAAUCCAGCUAACAGUACAGAUCCAGCAAAGGGGCUACACGAGCUUCAUCUGACUGAACUUUAUUUGGAUAUAGCGUUAUUGCUGAUUUUAGUGUGGUUUUUGAAUAGAGAAUUCGAGAUUAGUUACCGCCUGAGUUUUUACAGUAAUGUGGUUGCGAACCGCGACAAGCAGAGGGUACAGAACAUGAGGAACCAGGCGGACUGGCUUCUGCACAACAUAAUACCGCGACACGUAGCCGAUCAGCUAAAAAAUACUGCCAAAUAUUCCGAAAACUAUAAAGACGUUGGCAUUAUAUUCGCUAGCAUAGUUAAUUUUAAUGAGAUGUACGACGAGUCGUAUCUGAUGGGGAAGGAGUAUUUGAGAGUUCUUAACGAAUUGAUUGCGGACUUUGAUGAAUUGCUAGAGAAAUCUGAGUUUCAGCAUGUGGAGAAGAUCAAAACUAUCGGCAGCACAUUCAUGGCCGCCAGCGGCUUGAAUCCUGAUUUGAGGCACGCCGCGAGAGAUCCGUACGAACAUUUAUACCAACUGAUGGAUUUCGCUUUAGAGAUGCAAAAGGUUGUAGAAAAUUUCAACCAGGACUUGUUAGAAUUUGAUUUUAUACUCCGCAUUGGAUAUAACUUCGGCGAUGUGACGGCGGGAGUAAUUGGAACGACCAAAUUGUAUUACGAUAUAUGGGGAGAUGCUGUUAACAUAGCAUCUAGGAUGGAUUCCACCGGCGUUGUAAAGCGAAUUCAGGUGGGAGAGGCUUGUAUAUCUGUAUUGUCCAACAGGUAUGAGUUCGAACCACGAGGCAGCGUCUAUGUAAAAGGCAAAGAUGACAUGAAUGUAUACCUUGUUGUUGGCAAAAAGGAGACGUAAGAAAUGUUUUUAUGAAGCAUAGAAUCUGUGAUUUAUAUUUUAUAUACUGAAUAUUAAUGUAGAGAUAUCCCUAUUUAUUUAUUGAGUGCAGUGCAUUGUAUAAGGUGUAGCAGAAGCUUGAAGAAUACUCUGUGUUGUAGGACUACUAUUAAUUUAUUUGUAAUUUUAAUAUAAACAUUGGCAGCAUGUUUUUAACCACUAAAAUAAGUCGUAGAGUGCUAACAAUCCUUGCCUGUAAUUUUAAUAUAUUGUAUCUGUGACCAGUGCUCUAGUCUCAAUUUUAUUCUCCGUAGAGGUGGUCUCGUAAUCGUUCCGAAUGCGAUGAUUAUAUCUAUUGAUAUUUAUCGACAAAAAUAUGUUAUUAUUAUAAGAUAAGUGCUUAGGAAAAGAACGAAUGUCCACCGUUUUUUUUGUAUAUUUCGAAUAUACCUACUUUCUGUAGUGUUGAAUGUACUCUAAAAAGAUAUAUUUUGUAUAUAAAAUUAUUGUAUUGGUUACCUACCCAAUCGUGGAUAGUCAAAAAAUAUAGUAAUCUUUGUAUUUAUAAAAAAAUAGAAAUCGAUGUGCGUAAACGAAUACACGGUACAAAUAUUUCAAGUACGUAGGUAGGUUUGUAUCAUAUUGUUUGUAUUGUAUAUAGCCAAUUGUAGUCAAAGAUGUUAUAAAGGGCUCAGUAUGUGUAGAAAUGUUUACGUACAUGUAUAAUACUUAGAUAGUAUGUGUAGUGGUUGCCUUAUUUUAUUUUACUAUAUUUUGAAAAUAUAGCCAGGAUAAACCUAGCAUAAGGCCUAUGCAUAGUUAAAUUUUAUAUAUACACCCCGGAAAACUUCGUGGGCGUCGACCAUAGACAAGAAAGCAUGCGCAGUAGUAAUUUUACAUACAAAAAUAUCUACUGCGCAAGUUUGUUUGUCUGUGGUUUGGUUUAAGAAGUUUGCCACUACCUAUACCUAUGAAUAUUUUUCUAAUUGAAGGAUGAAAAGAGUUUCGGCAUAACGAAAAAAUGUUAUUUAUUGCAAUUGAGGUCCAGGUUAUGGCUUAUUCACACUUAAUUGGUGCUUCUUUAGUUUGGGGGACUCGACCCCCCCCCCCCCUCUCUCAAACGUAAGAUUAGAUGAGAUUUGACUCGACCCCCUCCCCCCCCUUAAACAUCUCACGUAAUUUAUGGACGCCCCCUUUCGUAAUUUUUUCAUUCAUUAAACCAUUAUGAGCAUUUUGUUUGCUAACGCAUAAAAUAUUAAAAUAAUACUAAAUCACUUCUAAAAAGUGUUAAAAAGAUUUAGAUUUAUCCGACUCUAGAUUAAGCUCAGUUGAGAGAGCACGCGUGCGGAAGCAAAAAGUCACAGGUUUGAUACCUGUCUGAAGUCAGUUGAGACAAGUCGAUUUUAUCUAGUAAACCUGUGACCAUACCUGAUCAGGAUCCAUAUUUUUCGUCACGGUUCGCACAACUGUAAAUGUGUUGAAAAAGAGUCUAGGAUUUCAAUCGAUAUACUUUGAACACGUUUUCGAUAUGCCGAAACUUUAAUUACAUUUGUGAACACUACAAGACUUCUGUAAUAUUUAUUACUAGAUAGGCAAAUUGUGUUGUUUUAUUAAUUCUAUAUAUGUAUAUAUAAAUGUAUGUAACUAACUGACUAUAGAUUGUCCAAGUGAUAUAUACUAGUAUAUAUAUAUAUAUAUAUAUACAUGUA